ACAAACGCCACGCCGACAAAAGCAAAUCUCAUUUCGUCUCUGAAAAGUGCAAAUAAAUUGUGACUAGAUCGUAAUGCAAGUGAAAAUAACUUAAAGCAAACGCCUCGCGACAGGAGGCUAUAUCGCGUGUUUGUGUGCGAGUGCCUGCGUCUCUGUGUGUGCUUUUGUUUACCUGGUUUGUCCAAAUAAAAACCAUAAACCAUAAGUAACAAGUAAACUGGAAAAGUCGACAAAGUCUGCCUGCGUGCCAUUUUUUCUGAUUUUGUUUCGUGUGGAAAAUCUAGAGACGACGCGAUGGCCUCCACCAGCAAUCUGGUGGAUGUGGUGCGCCACUACCAGCGCAGCAUUGAGAAGCAUGGCGAGGAUGAACAGCGGCUGCUGCACUGCAUCACCAAGCUAUUCAAUCUGCCCAUCAAAUUCGAGCACCUGCAGGAGACGGGAAUUGGCAAGACGGUGAAUGCCCUGCGCAAGUUCAAUGGCGAAGUGGGCGUGGCGGCCAAGACACUGGUUUCCAAGUGGAAGGCCAUGGUGGCCGCCGAGGAGGAGCCUUCGAUCGCCGCCACUCCCACGGCUAGCCACAAUGAAGAGGACUCGGGCAAGUCCAAGUCCAGCGACGAGGAUCCCGACCAGGAGAACAAGGGCAGCAAUUCAUCCAGCGGCGAGGAUCUGAACACCAACAACAAGCACAAGACAAAGCCCUCCAAGAGCUCCAGGCACGAGCGUAGCAGCAGCAGUAAGAGUCACUCCAAGAGCAAGUCGGAUUCGCAUAAGAAGCACAAGUGCAGUCGCCACGACAAGUCCAAGGAUAAGGAGAAGGAUAAGGAGGGGCACAAGGAGGCCAAAGAGCACAGAGACAAGAAGACCAAUGGCGAGCACAAGUCGAGGGAUGCCAGCAAAUCCAGCAGCAGUCACAAGUGCAGUAAAGCCGAGGGUCACAAGAGUGAGCACGGCAAGAGCAAGCAUGAUAAGGACAAGUGCUCGCACAGCGAACAUAAGGCAGCCAAAGACAAGUCGAGCAAACACAAGUCAUCCUCCUCCAAGUCGUCCAAGCGCUCCCGCAGCCCACAACGACCCGAGGAGGAGGUCCAGAAGGCCAAGAUACCAAAAACUAAACCGAAAUCAGAGGAAGACUCCGCCGACGGCUUUGACUCCAGCAUGGGCGCCAACUUCGACGAUGUUCUUGGCCUGCUUAACAUGCCCAUGAGCAGCAAAAAGAGUAAUAGCAGCAACAAGAGCAAGGUCACCUCCAAGCCGGCAACAGCCCCAUCCUCGUCAGCUUUAUCGACACCUUCGGCGACUGGAUCAUCUGCAUCCAGAGAGACCUUUGCCAUCAGCAGCCGACCGACCUCAACCAAAAAGCCCGAGCUGCUUGCGUCCACAGCCAAGCUGGAACCAUUGGACCCAAACAUUGCACUGGAACUGCCCACAAUUUCUAACAAUUACAAGCCCUUGCCGCUGAAUCAGACAAUUAUGGACGUGGUCUUUAAUCAGGGCGGUUCACAGAAGGCCCAGGCUGCACGUCACUUUAAUGAGUCGGAAGCCCUGGCUCAAGGCAUCUCCUCGAAAACUAUGCGCACCAAGAUCUAUUCAGGCGUGAGAACUGGUCAAAUCCUGCAGGUCCCUUCGCUUUUUGAUCUGUGCACGCGCGUGCUCCAAAAGAACAUCGAUGCUCUGGAGUACACCGGUGGCGUGCCCUUUGAGGUCCUUCGCCCUGUUUUGGAACGCGCCACACCCCAGCAGCUGUUGAAUUUCGAGGAGUACAAUCCUUACUUGAUGGACGACAGCGACAUCCUAUGGCAGAUGCACGUCCAGCGUCACUGUCGCAGUCAGCGACGUGAGGAGAUGGAAACGUGGCGCGAGAUGUUCCUGCGCUGCCAAGAAGAGAAGGAUCGCAAGCUAAGUAUCCUGGCCGAGAGCAUCAAGGCAUCGCAGAAGAUCAGCGAGGCACCUGUGCGCAAGACUCAGCUGGCCUUUGUGGAUUCGAUGGUAAAGCCGCCGCGCAGUGUGCAGCGCAAGCAGGAGCAAUACGGAACCAAGGGCAAGCUCAUCGCGACUCCAGCCGCCCGAGUGGCCGCCUUGUCCAGCGUGACGCCGAAUGCCGCCAAGGUUGGCGAUGCCCGUCUGCGUGUUCUGUCCGCCGGACGCGACGCGGCCCAAGUGGGUGCGGGUCCGUCGCGAUCUAAGAAAGCUCCACUAAUGGCCAAGACUUUGCAAUUCAUGCGUGGACGUCACAAACGAUAGAUGCGUUUACCUGUUAUAGCCACAAUCUUAUACUCAAAAUUGUUCAGCGACAACUAAAGCAGCAGCAGGAGCAGCAAGCUAGAUCCACAAGGCGUUCACAGUAGGAUUACCUCAUAACUGAUUGCGCAGAGACUUUCAGUUCUGUAAAAUGAGACACUGUGAUACUAAACCUUUUUGCUACCCAGUGCGCCAGGGAAUCCGACUGCUGCUGCUGUAUAACGCGUACCACUUUCAUGCUAUUUAUUAUUUAUUCAUGAUCUGCCCCAUAUUCAUUAUACUGUACUAGUAACUAAGUGUCAGCCAACCGGUUAACGACUGUAGGUCGAAUAAGAUAACGUUUUUGUUGCAUCCCACUGGAUCGACAAUGAGCUCAGAUAAUUGAUUUCCGGGUUGGAUUAUUUUCAGGUUAAUAGUUGUUCGAUUGGUCAAUUAUACGUAAUUUAAGAUCAGUAUCGACUGAUCACUUCACGUUUAGUUUUAAGCUAAGUUCAAUGUUCUUUGUCCCAAAGGGCUGUGCGACUGUCCAAAAUCAUAGAGGUUCCAAGCAAAUCAAUUGUAUAUAAUGUUACACAAAAACUUAAACCCAAUCCUAUAUCAAAUUACGUAAAUUAUUGAAGUACAGUUAAAUGUCUUUAAAUGCAUCGCUAAUCCAAUCAAAAUAAUAUUUUCGUACUUGUAUUUAGGUUUAUUUAAUUAUGAAAAUUUUUGAUUAUUGGGUUAAAUGUUCUUAUUUAUAUUAAAAAAAUACAUUUACUUCAACGUCUUAAUUGUUAUCAUUCUAGUUUAUUUUGUAAAAACAAAUUUUAGUUUUGAAAUAGCUAAGUUGAAUGUUGAAAGCUAUAAUACUCUUCAUACGUUUAGUAUUUACACAUUUUAUAACUUUUGUAAAAACAAGUCAUUAACACUAAAUCAUAUCGGCAUUUUCAAAUAGCUUCAUUAACUGAGACCGGUAAGCGAUGCAGGUAAGGGCCUUACACUGUUAUACAAAUCUUUUUAUUCCACUAGUAAGCUACCGGAAAAAAAAACUACGAAGCUAUGAAAGAGCAGACUCUUGUUGGAAAACAUCACGGAUUGUUAGAGAGAGGGAAAUAAUAAUAUGUAUAGAGAAGAGUAAAGACAAGCAAACAAGUUGUUUCACACGAUUGUAACAGUAAUAUUAUACAGACUUAUUACAAAUAAAUUAUUUUCAAACAUAAA